UUUCAAAUACUUUGAUACAGCUGUUAUCGUUGAUUAUUAAGUUAUCUGCUCUCGACGCGAUUACUCAUUUUAAAAUGAAUUUUGUGGAGGAACGAAAAUGGCCGACCGUGGCCAGUAAAAACUCGUUGAUUGUCCCGUUAUCAAAUGCUUCGAUAAAAGCCUGAAUGCUAUUAAAAUAUAGUGUACUCGUGAAAGAUUAUAAUCGUGGAAAAGAAUGCUAGGUGUAGAGGUCCUUUACAAAGUUUCUUGUGCGCGCCAAAUGGCCAAUGGUGUACAAGGCUGUAAAAUGCCGUGAUUAAAUUUUCUGCGAGGCUUGACACGUUUACAAACUCAACAACUUUAGUGCUGAAUCGUGAAAAGUUCUUUGAGAGAGGAAACUCAUUGGCAUUACGCAAAGGUAGAUCAGUUCAGGACAUAGUAGUAAUUCAUAGAGGGUGUGAGAUCAUUGUAUAAACAUUAUGACGAAUUGUCGUCUUUGAAGCGAUACGAACAAUCUCUUCUUUUUCUGUCAACUCUGUGCAUUUUUAGUGUCUCACGAUCCUGUUAAAAAAUGCAUACAUGUGAACAGUAGAGUAAACAAGUGACAAGUAUUUGUAUGAGUUAUCUACUAAAUUAAAAUAUUAUUUUAUUUACAUAAUAAGCGUUAGAUGCUUAUCAAUCAUGAAGAAACAGUUCUUCAGAGUUAAACAGCUCGCCGAUCAAACAUUUUCUAGAGCUGGUAAAACAGAAGUGCUCACAGAUGAUUUACAAGCUGCAGAUAAACAUGUAGAGCAAAUUAGGAUGGCUCUCAUCGGAUUAAGCAAAAGACUCGCUAAUCCACCAAACCAAGCUGUGACACAAGAUAUCGCGUUUAAAGAAAAGCGGCUGAAAAAAUGCCCGGAAUAUAUAUUAGGGCAAACAAUGUUGGAAAACGCUCCUGAAGAUGGUCUUAUGAGUUUUACUCUUUUGGAAUGCGGUCGUACACAAAUUCAUUUAGCGAACGAAACAAUCGAACACGAAGUAAAAGUUGAACAAUAUGUAGCGAGCCCUCUUCAACAUAUUUUAGAUACAGACGUACCAAAUAUAUUGAAACAUAAAAGGAAUUUAGCUAAAUUGAUUUUGGAUAUGGAUAGCGUGAGAACGCGAUACCAACAAGCUAGCAAACAUAGUGCCAGUGCAGGUGCGUCAAAAGUAGAUAAUUUAAGGGAAGAAUUGGAAGAAGCAGAAGCUAAAGUUGAACAAUGUAGAGAUCAGUUGGCUGCAGAAAUGUUUCAACUGAUGUCGCGAGAAACUGAGUUGGCACACAUCAUUAUUCAAUACGUAAAACUUCAAAGGGCUUAUCACGAAAGCGCUCUACAUUGUCUCGAAGAACUUAUUCCUGGAUUAGAAAGUUACAUAAAUGACAAUGAAAUGAAACCAGUUUAUGGUUAUCCGCUUGAAGAGCAUCUCCGAGUGACUAAUAGAAAAAUAGCACUACCAAUUCAAUUAUGUGUAUCGGCCUUAUUACGAUUAGGUAUGGAGGAAGAGGGUCUUUUUAGAAUAGCCGGUGCUGCAUCAAAAUCACGACGAAUUAAGUUAAGUCUAGAUGCUUGUUGCCUUACUUUACCAACUGCUCUGGAAUAUAAGGACCCGCACGUAAUUGCCGGUGCAUUGAAGUCUUAUUUACGAGAGCUACCCGAGCCCCUUCUGACACACAAAUUGUAUUCUGAAUGGAUGGCAGCUGCAAAGAUAACAUACAAUGAAACAAGAUUGAGAGCUCUUUGGGAAGUGUUACAUAAAUUACCUACUGCAAAUUUAGAAAAUUUACGGUUCCUAAUCAAAUUUUUGGCUGUACUUACUAAAAAUCAGGACAUAAAUAAAAUGUCACCGCAAAAUAUUGCAAUUGUCAUUGCGCCUAAUUUAAUAUGGAGUCCACAGGAGGAUAUAAAUACAAUGGUAAUGAAUAUGAGUACAGCUAAUAAUUCUAGUCUUAUAGUAGAUCAGUUGAUUACAUAUGCAAAUUGGUUUUUUCCUGGUGAAAUAGAUUUUGAUCGUGAUUUAGAAGUCGGUAUUAUAAACGGUUUAGAAAACCAAACCGCGGGUAUGCGUCGUUGCAUUUCUAAUAGCAGUCUUAGCGAUCAUGGUGAAAGCCCUCCGCAAGGUAGCCCUAAACCAGCAGCGCGUAGAAAAAACAAACCGGCACCGACACCGCCAAACAGUACUACACCGGACAAACACGAUAGAAAACCCGACGAUAAACCACCACCCACUCCCGACAAACCACCCAGACCUUUGAUAUCUGCGACUCUUAAUCGUGCAACGUACAAGGCUCAGAAACACGAUGUAAAUACCGAAUUACCGAUUAAACAAGAAAAUAAUAUCGAGAAGCAAAACGAAAUCGCAGAAGUCGAAAUUAAACAGCAGAACUGUGAAGUAAAUACAGUUACCGAUACUCCGUCCUUUAGUUGCACAGAACGUAUUAACGAAACGCAAGAUGAAUUGCACAGUAUGGAUACAGAACUGGAAAAGAGCAAUCAAGAAACAAAAUUAAGUACUUCUAUCGGCGUUGAAAAAAAUGCUGUAGAAAAUACACUAGGCAACAAAUUGAUUACGGACACUGAAAAUUUGGAAGCUUCCACGCACAGAUCAAAGCCAAUGCUUACAGAAAAACCACAUCCUUGCACGUUGGAGAGACGAAGACCAGUGGGUGCGCCGAGAAACAUAGUCGACGUACUGCAUAAUACUGAAGAAACAAUCGAGUUACGUAGGAAGCCGGAUAGCAAUAAUUCUACGUCCACAAACACGCUCGACAGAAGCAGCAAACCAGCCAUACCGGAACGACCUGCCGGACUGAUUCGACCUUCGAGUCUCAUUAGACAACAUCCGCGUCACAGUAACGAAAACUUAGACACCGAAGCAGGGCCUUUAACUUUGGAAAGAGCUCAUGUAUAUUCGGUGGACAAACAACAGGUCAGUAUAAUACAAGUGCGUGGAAAUGGGAAUGUGUUCUGCACAUCGGGCGACAACAAUGGCAACACAGCUUCGAACUUGCAGAGAAGCCCCAGUGUAGGUAGUCGUCCUUCAUCUAUGUCCUUGUACGGCGAGCGGCCAGAAAAGCCGGCGAAACUAAACGCUCCGGAACAAACGAAAGCGCACGUGCGAACCAGAUCGGAGGGAAAUAUUAUCGAUGUUCAAACACAGACUGAAACAGUAGUAGUUCUUAAAUCGCCGCAACAACCUGUCCCGGCCUCGCCACGGUUUCAUCAAAGACCACCAAGGCCACAGCCACCGCCGCCACCUCCGCCUACCACGCGACUUAAAUCGGAACACGAAAGCACCAAUCUCUGAGAACAACUGUAUAAAAUGUGAUUAUUAUAUUUAUAAGUGAACUCUUAAAGAAUCACGACUAUUUUUUAAACGAAGACACUAUUUCUUACAACAUAAUUUGACAUUACGGGAAACGACUGCAAAGAACUUCUAACAAAGCAAUGUAAGUUUUAUAAAUUUUCUCAGUUCUAUGUACGUUGAAGUAUCAGUGUUUAGAGGAUUGCAUUCAAACUAAUACCAUAACUACGCGAAGUUUUAAAUUCAGUAUUUUCCUUUACGUUUCAGAGACAUUAGUAAACAAACGAUCAAAAUAACAAAUAAACUUGAAGUUUUCACGUUAACGAUUUGUAAUUAUAUAUUAAAAAAUAACUUUUAAGAGUUAUAUCUAAUUUUAAUGUUUAACUCUUGAUACUUUUUUCCAACUUAUCAAUUUUUAUACCUGUUACGUAUGACUGAAGUUGUUGCAAUUAAAAGAAAUAUUAUACAAAAAAAAGACAGUAAUUUGAAAUUUGAUCUCUAACUAAACGUAUGUUUUAAGUUUACAAUUUUCCGAUAUGAUCAUAUACUAAUUUUAAUGUAUUCGUAUUAUUUAAAAUUUUUUGCUGAAUUAUAACUACCGACAAAAGUGACUCUUUACGAAAGAACGUGUAAAAGAUGUAUUAUAAAGGUUUACAUUGAUUUCAUAGCUUGCGAGACAUAAUUUUGUGCAUGAGACUAGUACAACAAAUUUAUUCAAAUACAGGUAAAUAACUUUUGUAUAUAUAUAUUUUGCAAAAUAACAAUAUUAAGGUCCUACAAAAAGUUCAGGCUCAGUUUUUGAUAGAAACUAUUGCAAAUAUUGUUUGUGCGGUAAACAAAAUCGUAAGUAGCAUGUUCGAAAUUAUUUCAGCUUUAAUUGCAGUUCUUUGAGUUGAUAGUGAAAUAUUUUUUUAAUAACCGAGGCAAAUUAUUUUGUAGAAGAUGAAAAUGAAUAAAAUUUAUUCUACGCUUAUAAUAUUUUUAAAGUUGAUCGUUAGUUUGAUAUCUCUACAAUAUAAUG